UCUUCGAAUCGGUACCAAACACCACUUCCACUCUCCCAUUGGUCAGAUGAGGGUACCCAUACAAGAAAAUAAAAGGACAGAGACAGUCUCGAUGUGAAAAAAAGACAACUUGUUGAUUAUACGGCCCAUAGUUUGACCUAAACCAGAACCAAAUUGACUUCCAGAUAGCCAGCAGUGAUGGCGUUCUCCGUAUUAAGAAGUGUUGUAAAGUGUACAAGAAGUGUGUGUGUCUUAAAACGCCCCAAAAAUGUGAUCAAUAUUUGCCGAUGUGCCACCCCUCUCGCCGCCACCAUCCGCCCCCAUUCCAACCUCCAAGCACCGGCUGGUGGUUUAGGCCAUGUCCAAAAAACCAAAAACAUAUCCAGCUCAUCGGAAUCCGACAGCGACUUAGAACCCCCAGGACACAGAGGGGAGACACAGUUUUGGCGCCGCAAAAUCCGAACUUUCCACGGAAUCCUAGACGUAAAUAAAGACGGAGUCAUCUCCUACGACGACUUUAAAUUACUAGCCGAAAGGUUCAUCAAAUUGGGGCAUUUGAGCGAGAAACAUACACACGAAUUCCAGAAUUUGCUCAAAGACUUGUGGGAGAAACGCUGGGGGCCCAUCAGCCCUUACAAUUUGGUCACCGUCGAGCAGUUCCUCGAAGACAUGCAUCACGUGAUCAACGAUAAGCAUUUGGUCCGAAGGGCCCACUCCUUCCUCCCUUACCUAUUCCGCGCCCUUGAUAAAGACCAGUCGGGCGAGAUCUCCGAAGACGAAUUUAAGUUAUUUUUCCAAUGUUUAGGGCUUCAAGAAGAAGACGCCAUUUUGGCCUUCCGAAGCAUGGAUGAAGAUGGCGACGGAGUGGUCACGAUGAAAGAAUUCGUCAAACAUGGACGCGAAUUUUUCCUCACUGAGGAUGAGAAUAAGAUCAGUAAAUAUUUUUUCGGACCACUCAUGGAGCACUGAUUCGAGUAGCGCCAUCUCGAGACCGGUUUUGGAACCGAAAAGUUGCGACGUGGCCCGUCAGAGGGCCGAAAUCAAUAUUUUAAAACUAUAGGAACUGUAAUAAUACGCAAUAAAACAAUUUUUUUUAGUUU